AUGGGAGCUUAUCUAUCAUCUCCAAAAUGUGAUAAAGAUACGGUUGAAGAUUCAAAUGAUCGUUUAGCAUAUGUUGCAAGUUCAAUGCAAGGAUGGCGAAUGUCGCAAGAAGAUGCACAUAAUGCCAUUUUGAAUUUCGAUGAUAAUACAUCGUUAUUCGCUGUUUAUGAUGGUCAUGGUGGAGCAGAAAUAGCUGUUUAUUGUUCAAAAUAUUUACCAGAAUUUCUGAAAAAACUUGAGUCUUAUCAAGAUGGACGAUUGAAAGAUGCGUUAAUCGAAGGUUUUCUUAAAUUUGAUUCAGUUUUACUCGAUCCAGAAGUGAAAAAAGUUUUACAAAAAAUUGCCUACGAUGAAAAUGAAGAUGUUGACCGGCAAGAAGCAGAGCCACAUGAAUUUGUUGCAGCGUUAAAUCCUAAUGAAGAAAAUCAUCACAACGAUGAACUAAAUGUUGAAGAGGCACAAUUACUGCGCAAAGAAGCCGAAGUACCAAUUGAAGAACUUCUUAAACGAUACAAUAGUGAUGAAAAACAUUUUCAUUCACCACAUGUUGCUAAGCGAGUUAUUGAGAGUAAAAGUGGCAAAGAAUCGGAAGUCAAUGGUAUUUCUACAGAGAAAUCCGAUGCGCCUGAAGAAAACAACUCAAAUGAUCAUGUGGUUGAACAGAAGGAAGCAGAACCUUCGUCGUCUGAGCCAAAAGCCACAUCACGCCGUGUGCGAAAACCUGUUUCGACGGAUUCAUCAGUACCUACAACAAUCCCUAUUCAAUCAAAUUCGUUAACUCGACAUUUACUCAGUGAUAAUGGAGAUGAGCUAGAUGAUGAUGAUGAUGAUGACGACGAUGAAGAUGAAGAUGAUUCUGAAUUUGAUGGAUCAGAUGAAGAUACAAGCGGUGAUGAAGCUGAAGAUCACGAAGUAGAAGAAGAAAAUGCAGAUGAUGAAGAGAAAUCAGUUGAUGCCAACAAAGCGAAGCAAAUCCAGCAAUUAAUGCGAAAAUCGAUCAUGGCAAUAUUGAAUAAACGUACAAAGAAAAGAAAAUCAGAUGGAGAUGACGUGAAAGAAAAUCAAAAUGAAAACGAUGAUAACGACGAUGGCGAUGAAGAUGCUGAAGAAGACGAUGAAGAGGAUGAUGAAGAAGAUCUUGACGAUGAAGAUGAGACAGAUCUCGGUAUGCUCGAUAUGGAGAACAAUCCAGGUUCUUCAAGUGGUUGCACGGCCGUUGUUACACUUUUACGUGAUAAGCAACUCUUUGUUGCCAAUGCUGGUGAUUCCCGAUGUGUCGUUUGUCGCAAUGGUCGGGCAAUCGAAAUGAGUUUUGAUCAUAAACCAGAAGAUCCACCGGAACGUAGUCGCAUCGAAAAAGCUGGUUACAAAGUGACAUCGGAUGGUCGUGUUUCCGGUGGAUUGAACCUAUCUCGAGCAAUUGGUGACCAUGCUUACAAAAAGACAUCUUCGUUGCCAGCUGAAGAACAAGCAAUAACAGCAUUACCUGAUAUUCGCACCUUAACUCUAGAAGAUCAAGAUGAAUUCAUGAUUAUUGCCUGUGAUGGUAUUUGGAAUUUCAUGUCAAGUCAAGAAGCUGUCGAUUUCGUACGUUUACGCCUUGAGAAGAAAACAUUAACACAAAUAUGUGAUGAAUUAUUUACGCAUUGCCUUGCUCCAAACACAUGUGGUGAUGGAACGGGUUGUGAUAACAUGACAGCAAUCAUUGUCAAAUUUAACUUCAAUCGACCGCCAUCGCCAACUCCAUCUCCCAAAUCUCUUUCAAAUAAACGUCCAUUAUCACCUGAACGUUCAUCUGCAACAGAUACGUUCGACCAUUGUGCAAAUAAAAAAUUGAAAGUUCUCACUGAAAAUGGUACCAAUGAAACAGAACCUUCAGAGAACUGUCCCAUUGAACAAGCAUCUUCGUAA